AUGACAUCACCCAAAAGUCUAGGAAGGGUGUCCAUGACGUGGGGGGCCGUGGCGUCUGCGGGCUCGGCGUGGGCGGUCAUGGUGUGGGCGGCCGUGGCCUCUGUGGGCGUGGUGUGGGCGGUCCUGGCGUGGGGAGGAGUGGAAGGAUUUGCAGAGAAGUUCCAACGUCUACCUGACGUUGGGCGCUGCGGAUCCUCAGUCUUGACAAAGCCUAUCUCCUCCCGUCUCGUGUGCGCUGCCGUCUGUGCCCAAGACCCAUUAUGUGAAGGGUUCUCCUCCUCCAGCAGCAGCUGUGAGAAAGUACGGAAUGUUUCCAUGCCCGACCUAAAUCCAGUCUACACUUGCUUCGUCACGGCGUCAGUUUACAACAAACUCGCCACCACAAGUACUGCAGCACCCACCAAUAUGACUACAACUUCAACCAAUGCGACUACAACUUCAACCAAUGCGACUACAACUUCAACCAAUGCGACUACAACUUCAACCAAUGCGACUACAACUUCAACCAAUGCGACUACAACUUCAACCAAUGCGACUACAACUUCAACCAAUGCGACUACAACUUCAACCAAUAUGACUACAACUUCAACCACAGAACCACCCACCACCACAGAGGGACCCAUUAUGGUGACAUCAAUGCUGGGCGUGAGUGGAGUAAAAGUUAUAGGAUUUACCUAUACCAAUGAUUCCUUUAUCGGCUUCCUGUCCUUUGCCGGAUUUGCCAGCCCUGUCUCCAACCCGCCAUCAACCACGAAGAGCACUGCGUUGAGUAAUAGUGAGGAAUGUGGGGCUAAUCAAGUCAUGGUAGGGCUGGGCGACUUGGGUACUACCGACUAUGACAAGAGUGACCAGAGGAUGUAUUGUGCGGAUGUUGUAAGUCCACAUAACGUCACUCCCACUUGUCAAGUGGUGUCUAUUGGUCAACUACCACGCCCGACUGUAUCAGGCACAAACACUUCAUCUUGGUAUAACUGGUUUGCUUGCCAAAGUAGUUACGUAAUAACCAAAUGGACAUGGAUCUACGAUAAAAUGGCCCCAUACACCCCAUACCGAUACUCUACAGCAACAUGCUGUUUAGUUGUGUAACUAAAAUACUCAUUUUUAUAUGCUGCUCUUG